ACCUCAUUUCUUUCAUCAACUUGUGCCCUCAAACCUCUAUAUAAACCAUUCUCAAUCACGUUUUUUUUCAUCAAAUUUAAAGCAUAGUUUUCUAUAGCAAUCUUAACUUUCUUCUUUAAGCUUUUUCUUGGUAUUCCAAUUAUGGCCACUGUUGAGGUUGUAUCAGCACAGACUGCUCUCUCCGACGAUACGGCUCAGUUAUCGUUGAAAUCUGAUGAAAAAACCACCGAAGAAAUCGUUGAGAGUCCAAUCACACUAGCAGCAUCAGAAACCAAAGAAGAAUCUUCAGCUGAAGAAGCCAAACCUUUGGUUAAAGCUGAGACUAAAGAGGUGGUAGAAGAAGUUGUUGUGCCUGUGAAAGAUACAGAAGAGGAAACAAAGAAGGAAGAACAAACCGAGACAAAGGAACCUGUCGAGGAAACAAAAGAAAACGGUAAUUCUCUUAAUGUUGAGGAAACGAAAGAAAACGGUGAUUCUGUUGUUGAGGCUGUUCAGGAAAAACCAGCUGAAGAGUCUGAGACAGUAAAUGUUGUUAAGGAUGAGAAUGUGGUAGCUGAGCCUGAAACUAAGGACAAUGUUAAGACAGAAGAAACCUCAGAAGAGAAAAACGAGGAGAAGGUUGAGAAAGAAGACGCCAUGGAUGAAAAGAAAGAGGAAGAAGUGAUCACCAACAAUGAUGCAAAAAUUGAGAAGAAUGAAGAAGAGGCUCCAAUUGAGAAGAGUGAAUAAGGAGAAAAUGUGUGAAGUUUAUGGAAGUGUUUAAUUAGAGAGAGUGGUUAAUUACAUUAAUCACUUUAAGUUAAGUUUCACUAUGUCUUGUUGUUUAAUGUCUUUUUCUUGUUACUUGUUUAGUGGUGUAAUAAAAUAGCUAUAGUACUUACUACUAGUAGCUAAAUGUAUGGGUGAUGUGAUGACCCAUUUGAAUUUACCUAAUGUAACCUUUUCAGUAAUAUGUUCCUUUGUAUGAUUAUGCAUUUUGGCUUUGUUUGUUUUGUUAUAAUAAACAUGUAAGAUUGUUACAAUA